AUGCAACUCACGCGAUACGUGAAAAUAUGCGAAACCGAGGAUGAUCAACCGAUCGAAGUGCCUCUGGAAGAUGACGAUACGCUUUUACUGUCAACAUUAACCGCCCAGUUUCCAGAUUGCACGGGACUGAAGUACAGGUCUGGCGACUCAGGAUGCUAUCGCGGUGUUCGUCUUUUGGAUGACCGUUUAUUUCCUCCCACUGAUGGACACUGGCACGAAAACACAUUUUGUUGUGUAUUUCCAAAAUGUUCCAAGAGAAAAGCAGAUGAGGAUUCGUUAGAUUCUAAAAUGAAGCAAAAACGUUUUGAUAAAAAGACGUGUACGGAUCUGAUAGUGUUAAACUUGCCUUGGCGAGCCGAUGAAGAUACUUUACGUGACUAUUUUAGUCAGUACGGCGACCUUGUGAUGAUCCAGAUCAAAAGAGACCCAGUAACUCAGCAAAGUAAAGGAUAUGGGUUUAUCCGCUUCUCUGAUUAUACAGCACAAGUUAUGUGUUUGGCUGAAAGACAUACCAUUGAAAAUCGACAGUGUGAUGUUCGUAUCCCCAUAUCAAAGAUGGAGGGUGACCGUCAAGAAGUUUCUCGAAAAGUUCACAUUGGAAGGUUAACAGAAGAUAUUAGUCCAGAAAUCCUCCGUCAGCAUUUUUCUCAAUAUGGAAGAGUAUCUGAUGUUUUCAUACCCAAACCCUUUCGAUCAUUCGCUUUCAUUACGUUUGACGACCCCGAGGUUGCAGCCUCUUUAUUAGGCAAGGACCAAGAAAUUCAAGGUGUUCGUAUAAGCGUUGGUUCUGCAGUUCCCAAGCUUCCUCCUUCUGCUCGUCAAAAUAACACUAAUAAUCAACGAAUUCCAGUUAACUCGAUGCAAGCUGCUCUUCAGUCAACGAUGUUGGGAACCCAACAAUGGGGUGAACUUGUGGAACAUAUGCUUACACUGUAUGGUGCUUCUCUGUCGAAUCCUAAAACUCAUGAACAAAGCAAGUAUCUAUAAAAGUAUGUCUUGUAUUUUACCCGAUAAAGCAAGGUUAGCAAUAGUUUCAUAAUUGAGUCACUCGAGUGUCAGCUAAUUUGAUCUCACAUUCACCAACUUCGGUUAGAUCAAACGAAUAACAUCACUAGCUAUCACGAAUAAAUCAGUAUUUGAUAAAGUAUUUGCAGUAUUACAAUAGUAGUGAAUUAAGGUUUAAAUCACUGGAUCCAGGAUCCUUAAAUGUUGGACGUUACUACAACUGACUCAAAUCAAUUGACAGUAUUCGCGUAUAGGGGUUUUAUCUAUCUUUUCGUCAGUUAGUAGGCUUUCCAAUUUUUUUUUAGUACGUUACUCGUUAAAUUUGGUUUUUGCUUUAUGUAUUGAUCUUUGUAUAAUUGUAGUCACUUACAAUUUGUUAAAUGCCUUUUUAAAUUAAUUUUC